CAUAAGACCUCACCGAAGAAGAAGAAUAAGGCUUUUUUUUGUUGCGGUACUAGUCCUCUAUCUAUCUCUAUGUCUCCUUCACAUCAAGCAGACAGUGGACAUUUUUGGUCUUACGCGAAUUAAGUUGCGUACGACUUUUACAGUUCUGUGGUCUCCGGUGAAUUCGUGAAAGGGAAUGCCGAACGGUGAAACGUCCGUUAGUGAAGCGCCUGGGAACGGCAACAUUAUGGCUCAACAGAAGCUUCUGGAAGGUUAUGUGGGCUUUGCCAAUCUCCCAAACCAAGUGUACAGAAAGUCUGUCAAGAGAGGCUUCGAGUUCACUCUCAUGGUUGUGGGUGAAUCUGGUUUGGGGAAGUCUACACUGAUCAAUUCCCUCUUCCUGACAGACUUGUAUUCCCCUGAAUACCCUGGUCCCUCCCACAGAAUCAAGAAGACUGUACAGGUGGAGCAAUCUAAGGUGCUGGUAAAGGAAGGAGGAGUUCAGCUUCUUCUCACCAUCGUUGACACGCCAGGGUUCGGAGACGCUGUCGACAACAGUAACUGCUGGCAGCCAGUCAUUGAUCACAUCGACAGUAAGUUUGAGGAUUACCUCAACUCAGAGUCCCGGGUCAAUAGACGGCAAAUGCCUGACAACAGAGUGCACUGCUGCCUCUACUUCAUUACCCCCUCUGGACAUGGGUUGAAGCCUCUUGAUAUAGAGUUCAUGAAGCGGUUACAUGAAAAAGUGAACAUCAUCCCCCUCAUCGCCAAAGCGGACACAAUGACUCCUGAGGAGUGCCAACAGUUCAAGAAGCAGAUCAUGCGAGAAAUCACAGAGCACAAAAUCAAAAUCUACGAGUUCCCAGAAACUGACGAUGAGGAGGAGAACAAGAUAGUCAAGAAGAUCAAGGAUCGCUUACCCCUGGCUGUUGUUGGUAGCAACACCAUCAUCGUGGUCAACGAGAAGCGGGUGCGAGGGAGGCAGUACCCCUGGGGUGUGGCGGAAGUGGAGAAUGGAGAGCACUGUGACUUCACCAUCCUGAGGAACAUGCUCAUCAGAACUCACAUGCAGGACUUGAAAGACGUGACCAACAACGUCCACUAUGAGAACUACCGCAGCAGGAAGCUAGCAGCCGUCACAUACAACGGAGUGGACAACAACAAGAACAAGGGACCAAUGACCAAGAGUCCAUUAGCCCAGAUGGAGGAGGAGAGGAGGGAGCACGUGGCCAAGAUGAUGAAGAUGGAGAUGGAAAUGGAACAGGUGUUUGAGAUGAAGGUCAAGGAGAAGAUCCAGAAGCUCAAAGACUCUGAGCAAGAGCUCCAGCGGCGCCACGAGCAGAUGAAGAAGAAUCUGGAGGCCCAGCACAAGGAGCUGGAGGAGAAGAGACGCCAGCUGGAGGAUGAGAAGAACAACUGGGAGGCACAGCAGAGGGUGCUGGAGCAACAGAAACUAGACUCCUCCAGGACCUUGGAAAAGAACAAAAAAAAGAAGAUAUUUUAAAAGUAUUGCAGGAGGACCACCAUGUAACAAUGUACUAGUUGCCAAUUUACCAGCCUGGACUGUCAGUUUGCCUGUCGACCAACAACCUGUUACUGUGUGUAUGUGUGACGGAGCAGCGUGGUCUGUCUGGAGGAAGUUGGUUCUAACUGGGGGAGAGAGGGUCCUCCAUUAAACUCAAACUCACUUUGACAGACUCAGUCCUGGAACAUGCUAUAUCACUAUACUAUUUCUCCUUUUCUCUCUCUCCCUCUUUUUUAUUUUAUUUAUAUAUGUAUUUUCUUCCUGAAGUGGGCACAUUAGAUGGUUGUACAAUCAUGUUUUUUGGUUCAGUGACACAAAGAAAAACAAAACACACCGGUAUCAGCUCUUUCAUGAUUUCAGAAAGUUUUUUAUUUUAUACGCCAGAAUGCCACAACUAUUUUUCUUUCACUUUUUCUUUUUCUAGUUAAUGACCUUGGAGACAGACUGCACUGCUAUGUUGUAGUGUUCUAUUUAACGCCAAAUGACCAAACGGCAGAGUAGGAAGCUACUCACCUCAAGCUACACACCUCAGGCGUUUUGUUUUAUAACGUUUUUGUUAUUUAGUUGUCGCUUUAAUUUUUAUAAUCCUGAUCCCAAAAUGAUAUGCUCUUCCAUCUCUUGUAAUUUAAAUGAUCUAGCCAUGAACGGCAUGUUAGAACAUUUGAUUUAUUAUUAUUUUUGGUCCUUUAUUAUAUUGGCCCUGCUACAGUAAUCAUUUGUUCAUUAUUCGUUUCAUGUUUGUUUGCGGGUAUUUCCCAUUCUGGUCUUGGAGGUCUACUGUGCACACUGGAUUUCACUCCAGCUGACACGUAGUAGGCCCCCUUGACCACGGCUAAGGAAACCCUGUUUUAGAAGACUGUGGGGAGGAAUGCUUGGUUGUUGACUCAAACCGUUAACACAACCCUAUUGUUGUUUACUUACAAUUUCCAAUAGCUGUAAAUAAACAAGUCUAUAUUGACUGUAAUAAACAACUGUGGGGUUCCCUUCCCAAACAUCACAUUUAACUCUGUUCAUGUCCUGCAUCUCUAUUUUUUAUUUGUCUUUUGUUUUUAUAGUCCUGUAAUAAACUUGUGAUGAUACAA